CUCCUGACCUCAGGUGAUCCGCCCACCUCAAGCUUCCCAAAGUACUGGGAUUACAGGCGUGAGCUACGGGCGCCCGGUCCAAAAUGGCAUUUGAGCUAGGGUCCAGUUUUCGUAGCUCCCACUACCUGUCAUGCACAACAUAGACACUAAAUACCUUAUUGCUUAUUAUGAAGCCCCGUUCUUCAGAAACGUUUUAUAGCACUUUCGUUAAACCUCCUUCCUGUUCAUAAUGCAGUGCACUAGAGUAUUUUCCCCGUACUCCACCGUUAAGUGGCCUCUUGGUAAGCAGGACUGUUUUGGGUCUCUUGGUUACUAUCCCCUAAUACACCCUAUUAGUGUGUUGCACGAAGCGACGGGGAACCCGUUCUCCCCCAAAUAAUGUGCGUGGAGACACUCAAUGUCCUAGCCUCUCCAUUCCCAGGAACCUAAGACUCUCCCACCAAAUAUCCUUCCUGUCUCAUCUACAGCACUGAGGUCUCAAGGUAGGGGCAAAAGCCCGCCCCAAAUGGCAAAUGCUUCUCCUCCGCCAAGAACCUCCAAUUUCCACUGUCCCUAGACAGAGCCUCCAACCUUCAGAAAAAUGGCGAGGUAGACCCAGGCCCUUGAUUCUGAAGUGAGCCCUUUUCCACAGCACAGCCUUUUCACAGGUUUUUGUGGUGGAAUGAUUCCUCAGUGAACUGAUUUACUCCCUCAAGAGUAACCAACGCUCCAUUUUAGUGCUAUAGGAUCCCGACUCCGUGUCCCUCCGCCUCGGCCUUGCCUCCCACUGCCAACGCAGCCGUUUCUCAGAGAAAUCGCCCAAGACGCAUGGCCGGGCAGUUGGGCCACCAACGGUUUUCUAACGCGAGAGGACAGCGCGGGAGGAGAGGCGGGAACGCGUAGCGACUAGCAGGGGGCGGGGUGGGGGUGGGGUGGCGGACGAAGGGCGGGGCCGACGCCAGGAAGGAUCGCGAAGGAGCUGGGAAGCCCCGCCCUUUCCGUAGAUAUCUCUAGAAAGCCGCGCCGGACCCCGAAAACAAGGACUGCGCACGCGCAGCGGUAAAGGCCCGGGCAUUUUGCUGCGUCACCAGCCGCCGCCCGGCCUCACCACCCCUCGUUUGCACGCACGCACGUUCAUUCUCCGUCCUCGCGCCCGUUUUCCUACACUUUCCUCUUCUCCCCGACCGGAGGAGCCGCUCUUUCCGCGCGGUGCAUUCUGGGGACCGAGGUCGAGCCCGCCGCUGCCGCCGUCGCCUGAGGGAAGCGAGAAGAGGCCGCGACCGGGGAGAAAACGCGGAGUCGCCACUGGAGAGAAGUCGACUCCCUAGCAGCAGCCGCCGCCAGAGAGGCCCGCCCACCCGUUCGCCCGUCCCCCUGCCCCGUUCACAAUGCAGCCUGCUUCUGCAAAGUGGUACGAUCGAAGGGACUAUGUCUUCAUUGAAUUUUGUGUUGAAGACAGUAAGGAUGUUAAUGUAAAUUUUGAAAAAUCCAAACUUACAUUCAGUUGUCUCGGAGGAAGUGAUAAUUUUAAGCAUUUAAAUGAAAUUGAUCUUUUUCACUGUAUUGAUCCAAAUGAUUCCAAGCAUAAAAGAACGGACAGAUCAAUUUUAUGUUGUUUACGAAAAGGAGAAUCUGGCCAGUCAUGGCCAAGGUUAACAAAAGAAAGGGCAAAGAUGAUGAACAACAUGGGUGGUGAUGAGGAUGUAGAUUUACCAGAAGUAGAUGGAGCAGAUGAUGUAAGUCUAAAAGUUUUUUUUCUGUUUACUUUCAUACUAUUAAAUAGUAAACAACAUAUUUACAAAUGGUUUUAUAUAGAUUCAGGAUUACUACUACUUUUCUAAAAAAAAAAAUAAAGGGAAAAGCAAUUUUUAAAAUGUGCCCAUUUUUGAGGAAUGGGUAUCUAUUAGGGAACUGGUUUUGCUGUAGACCAUUCCUAAAUGGAUCACAUUUCUAAAGAAUCAUUGUAUAGAGACAUUAUGUAGUAAUACCUUACUCAGUUACAACAGUCGGUUCAGUCCGGUCGAGGUGGCUCACGUCUGUAAUCCCAGCAGGCCAAGGUGGGUGGAUUACCUGAGGUCAGGAGUUCGAGACCAGCCUGGUCAACAUGGUGAAGCCCUGUCUCUACAAAAAUUAGCCAGGCAUGAUGGCAGGUGCCUGUAAUCCCAGCUACUGGGGAGGCUGAGGUGGGAGAAUCGCUUGAACGAGGGAGACGGAGGUUGCAGUGAGCCAGGAUCACACCAUUGCACUCUAGCCUGGUCAGCAAAGCAAGGCUCUGUCUCAAGGAAAAAAAAAAAAAAGUUUAUAGGGAUUAUUUUGACUAAGAAAGUAAAUUAAAUAGGUUUUAUGUCAGGAUUGGUCAGAGACCAAUGAAACAGAUGGAUAUUGGGAGGCGGAGACGGGUGGAUCAGAGUUUGAGGCCAGCCUGGCCAAGAUAGUGAAACCCUGUCUCUACUAAAAAUACAAAAAUUAGCUGGGCACGGUGGCGGGGCAAGUGCCUGUAAUCCCAGCUACUUGGGAGGCUGAGGCAGGAGAAUCGCUUGAACCCGGGAGGCGGAGGUUGCAGUGAGCCAAGAUCUCGCCACUGCACUCUAGCCUGGGCGACAAAGCAAGACUCCAUCUCCAAAAAAAAACAAAAAAAACCCAAAACAGAUGGACAUUGUAAAUCUGUAAGAGGAGGAUGAGGAUAUAAUAAACAACUAUUCUCAACAUCUUGUCAACCCCAGCAUCCUGUUAACAUCUCCCAGAAAGUUAUUUAAUGCUAUUUAGAAAAAUGCAUAAUAUUCACUCAACAGCUAGGAUUAGAGUUCACUGUCUUCUGUCAAUCUAUUUUUCUUCAUUAUUGAUCCAUGUUUUCUCUUGAAUGCUGACGUAGGUUAAUUUAGGAAUGGAUUCAAAGGGUGGGCUAAACUGUCACCGAAAGGCGCACACCAUUUUUUACAGGUAGAUAGAUCCUCUGCUGUACAUCCAUUCACCUUAGGUUAAAUCUAGUCUCAAGUCCAAUGACUAAAUUUCUAGGCUUGGUAUAACUACCUACCUGUG